AUGGUGGUCCUGCAAACGUUUUCGGCGCGCCUCAAUGCCAUUGUCGACGAGCAUGACAACGCCUUGAUCUACAAUGCAGAUCAAACCGGCGUCAACUAUGAGUACUUAGCGACAAAGACCUUGAACAAGACUGGCGACAAGACGAUUUGGGUGAAGUGCGGCGGGAAGGCGAUGGAACGCGUGACGGCCAUGCUGUUGGCGGACUCGGCCGCCGUCAAAACUGGCUGA